CUAGCUAUGUAAUGAAAUGAAUGAAUGGUGAUUGAAUGGUAGAUUUUUACAGACUUUGACGAUGUUCUCGAUUUCUCGGCAACAUCGUCACUCCGAACUGUCACGGAGAGCUGCCUAAUUAGCUUUAGCCAAGGCAACACACGGGUGAAUAACAUCUUAUCUAAUCAUAUCACGGAUCUAUACGGAGAAGUUAUGAAACAGAAUAAUCGGACGAUAAUACCUUAAUACCUUACGAGAAGGGCCUUUUAAUCUGUAACUCUCAUUGUCUGCGUGGCUACGCUUUGAUGCCCGAGCCUUUGAAAGGGCUUAAAAUGUGGAACUCAAGAUUCUUCAGACGACUUCAGGUGAAUCAUUUUGAUUUUAUUUUGGAUACAAGCACAUGUGUUCUUUUCGUCUCUAUGUAUCUGCAGAUCGUCCCUGGGCCUGGAACUGUUGUGUUUGGACCAUAUUUUUGCUUGACAUUGGGCGGAAACGGGAGAUCUUUUCCUGAAAAGUUAUUGAAGCAGGAGGAUCUUAUAGUAAUUUGAUAUCCAGCUUAAAAAUGCCGAGUAAAAAUCUUUCUUAUGACAUCAUUUCACUAUUUGUUGUGAAAUUUUGAAUCCAGGAAUGUAGCUCUUAUCUUUUCACAUCGCGGUGCCGUUGGCGAGUAACAUUCAGAUUAUAUUCAUCUCACAGUAAACAUUUCGUCACAUCUUGACAUCUUCUUUUAAGACGGACGUCUGAUUUAUUUCAAGACGUCAUUAAUUGGAUUUGUGCGGAUAGUGCAUCGAACUCGAUAUAUCAAGUUGUUUGUAUCAAUAACUCUUCCCGACAACCGUCAUAUAGUGUAUGAACCAUGUUUUUCUUGCUUUCUUCGUAGAUGGAACAUGCUUAGAAUACAUUACCCUUUAUUCGAGGAAUAGUUUUUAUUUUUAAUGAGAUAUCAAUCCAGCUCUCACGAUGGGGGUCGUCAUCUCUAAGACUUUUGGUGUCCCCUUUUCAAUCUCGGUCAAGACCGGUGAUCGCAAAGGAGCAGGGACGGACUCCAACGUCGUCAUCGCUCUCUACGACACGGACGGUCGACGGUCAAACGACCUCCACCUCGAUUCCCUCUUCAGGGAUGACUUCGAGAGCGGAGGACGAGAUCGUUUCCACAAGCUCUCCGGCGUGGUCGACUUCGGGACGCUAUCGCACGUUGAACUUUGGCGAGAUUCCAAGGGGUUAUUCGAUGAUUGGUUUUGUGACGUCAUUGACGUGGUUAACAUGAAAACAAAGGAGAGACAUGUCUUUCCUGUCCAUAGAUGGAUACCAGCAAAUAAGAAAAUUAAACUUAGGCCCUUUGAUAUGAUCUUGCCUCAGAAAGAUGAGAUGUCCAACCGAAGGGAAGAAGAAUUGAAAGCUAAAAAAGAAUUGUACAAGCUGACCCACAACAUGGCUAUUCCACAGGUCAAAUCUUUCCCGAAAGACGAGUCUUUCUCUAACGACUACUUGUGGGACCUUGGAAAAAACAUGAUACAGCUAACGUUGAAGGCAAAGAUGACACAGGUAUUGACCGGGAAAUGGAAGUCACUAGAAGACAUCAAAAAGAUUUAUAAACCGCCACUUCUCCCCCUUCCUGAGAAAUAUUACAACUGGAGGACGGAUAUGAACUUCGGAUACCAACGGUUGACCGGUUGCAAUCCGGGAAUGAUACGACUUUGUACAGAGAUUCCGAAAAGAUUCGCAGUAACCAAUGAGGCUCUGCAGCCGUUACUUGAAAAUAUGACUAUCGAUGAGGCGUUAGUGUACAAACGACUGUUUAUCAUAGACUACGAGUUCUUGAGGGACCUCCCAUGUUCCUACGGUAGAACGAUGUGUGCCCCUACGGCCUUGUUUUAUCUCAAUGAUGCAAAGUGUCUAUUACCAGUAGCCAUUCAACUCUUCCCUGAUCCAGCACCUAACAAUCCAGUGUUUUAUCCGACCGACCCGGAGUAUACGUGGCUCCUCGCUAAGAUGUACUUCAACAACGCAGACGGUGCGUACCAUGAGUCCGCUUCUCAUCUUGGUUUCACUCAUGUCGUCGGCGAAGCCAUCGUAGUUGCAACGCAUCAGUGUCUCUCUCCAUCGCAUCCAGUGUUCCGACUUCUAGCGCCUCAUUUUCUUUACCUCAUUGCUAUCAAUAAUCGGGCUGUUGGCCAACUGAUCAGCCCUGGUGGUCACGUGGACAAGACGAUGGUGAUUGGACGGGUAGGAAUGCUCGAGAUCAUCAAACGGACGUGGUGCAACUGGAGAUUAGACGUACAGGGCUCCCUCAUCGGUGACCUACAAGACAGGGGUGUCCUCGACCCAGAAGUCCUACCGAACUACCAUUAUCGAGACGAUGCCUUGUUGGUUAGAAAAGCCAUCAAUGAUUACUGUAGAGCCAUCAUAUCGCAUUAUUAUGAUUCUGCCGAGCAGGUUGUAGCCGAUCAUGAGCUUCAGGAAUGGGGGCGGAUCAUUGGCGGCAAAGGAAAAGAUCCAGAUGAAGUCACUGUUAAUAUGAAGGGAUUGCCGAAUGGUGGCAAGUUUAUGAGUGUCGAUGAUGUGGUGGAGACUGUCACUAAUUUCAUGUACAUAUGUAGUGUUGCGCAUGCGUCUGUCAACUUCGGCCAGUAUGACGAGUAUGCAUACCCUCCGAACUACCCGGCAUUUCUUCAUGGUAAACCACCGAAAGACAAGACUCCAUUAACGGAGAAGGAUAUUAUUGCUCAGCUACCAGAUAAAGAGGAAACCCUUGAUGUCAUCGUACUAACCAAGAUUCUGAGUAGCAAAGGCACGAACUCUCUAGGCGACUUUGAAGUACAAUAUAUAUACGACCCUCCUGGACUCAAAGCUCUAGACAAAUUCCGGAAAGACCUUGAGGAGGUUGGGCGAAUUAUCGAUGAACGGAAUGAAACACGAGAGGUCAAAUACACCUACCUUCAUCCAAAAGUUAUUCCGAAUUCUAUCAGUAUUUAGACUCUUAUGAGUCUAUUCUUCAUGUUCUUGAAGUGUUAUCAUUAGAUAGAGACAAACUGUCGACGUAAGCAUCAAUUCAUGUGAGAACGGCAAGACCUUUAAAAAAUAAAUGGUUCAAAGGUCAGUGAAAUGGUCAAACUAGCCAAAGAACUGCCAUGAUCAUGCGCAUGCGCUAUUUUACCACCGGGUUCCUGAUAGGCCUAUCUACCGCAAUGCAUUGCCUAUGUGGAUCAGGUGACUAUUAUAAUGGAAAUUACGCCGAGCUCUGCGAUAACCAGGAGCUAUAAAUGGUUGAACGUAUAUAAUGAACCAAGAAGACGUGAUUCGCAAUUAAUCUGCAUGCCACUUUCUGUGAUUGAAAAUGUACUAAAUACUGACGUUAUAAGCAGGCCUAUGCUCAUACUGAUAUAGUCCGAAAAAGGGACAAAGUUUUACUGAGGAUUCAGAAAAAUUCGGAACUUUAUUCUGUGUGUAUGAUAGAUGAUUUUAUUUUUUGUAAUAGUCUCUUGAAAAGGGGACCGAGUGAUUUUUUUUUCUCGUAAGUGUGCACCUGUUACUCGUUGCUAUGUCAGGGAAACUUUGUAUGGUUUUCGAGAAGAGCAUAUGUUGAGGAUAUCACAUUUUGAACGGAAUACCGAACUGCCCGAGAUAAGGAAUUGUGAACUGAUGAGAAAACGAGUGUUUUCUGAAGCUCGACUUGUGACAAAUCGGGAUGGCCCGCAAUUUGAAGACUUUACUCGUGCAGGUACUUACACAAAACCGAAUUGAGGACGUGUUCGAUUGGAUUCACAAACACUAGACCGAUGCUAAAUAAGGUUUGAUUACCCUUAGGCCAUGUCAGUCAUCGAACUCUCAGGAACAACUUACUGUGCCAGAGCACUUUGUCAGAAACACCAAAUGACUUCAUGCAACAAGGAAAUUAACUAGGAAGAGUGCAUUUGUGAAAUUGUUGUAUUUUUUUCACAUUUCUUCGUUAUUGUUUGAAUAAAAGGACUGCAUGUAGCAAUGUUACCAUUAUUCCAUAUGUUACAAUACUAGAUAUAUUGGUCACUGGCAUUGACUUGAUAUUAAGUUUAAUUAAUUACAAAACGAAACAAACCCCAUCCGUCCCGCCCUGUCCAGAAGAAAAAUUCUGACUUCCGGUCUAAAAGAAAUUAAAACUCAACAAUCCUCUGUCAAUAAUUAGUAAAAAAGCAAAACAUUUCUUUUACCCAAAUGGGUGGGAUAUCUGAUGUUAUAUAUAACUCACUCUUAGUCUUCUUUUCCCAGUAGUCUUUCAUAGAACUUUGUAAAUAAACCAUUUCCAUAUUGUUGUAAUUUUUUUUAUAAUGCAUCCUUUCCACCUUUUCUUGCCUUUGCACCAAAGCUAUAAAUACUUAUUAUUUGAACUGUAUAAUCGCUUGAUCGCUUCGAAUCAUAGUACUAAAAGAAUUCUAUUGAUAUUUGUUUUUUAAGGAAAAAGUGAAAAAUAUUGAAGCUAGAUAAUCACACAUAAGCGAUAUAUAAUUUGUGUUAAUUUAUAUGACCAUAUUAUUUUCUGCUUGCACACCCAUUACCUGAAUGUAUAUACUGUACAUGUACUUACUUUAUAUAUUUUUAUAUGUUUUACAUCGCGCACAAGACUUUCUUAAAUCAAAGACGAUCACUUUUUUAUUUGAAUAAAAUUGUAGUUUAACCAUUUUGAAUAGCAUAAUGUUAUAGAACCCGUUGUUGACAUCACUCCUCAUCGGAGACUGAAGAAGCUUGUCACAUUGAUAAAGGAAUCAAUCGUGGUCUUGUCAUAAUUCAGUGGAGAUAAGUAGAAUAUUAAAUGAUUUUCUUAACCCAAAGUAAUUGUCUAAAAAUUACUUAACGAAGUUAAGUUUGACCAUCUUUGAAAAUCACUCGAAAAUGUUGGUUCCCCCCAAAUACUGAGUACCAUGUUUAAAGAAAUUGUACAACUGCAAUCAUAAUGAGAUUAUUCCUCCUCAGGAUGUGUGAUACAUUUUGUAAUUACAGCGUGUAUUACAAUAGGGCUAUUUAUAGUGAUUUCCCUUGUUUUAAUCCGUUUUUCAUCCUUUUGUGUGUUGUAUGAAUAUCUAGACUAAAUCUAUUUUUGUUAAUGAAUACAAAUAUAAUAAACUAACCACA